AUGGGGAGUGUCGUCUCACGGUGCAGGGAUAGUUCGCCGCCAACGCGAGUGACAUCCGCGUGCCGUACAGUGCGCCUCGCCAAUGUAGCACGGACGCUGCGAUAUUCGCCAAAAUAUGCUAAUACCAUGUUGGGUGGGGAAACUGCUUCAGCUAAGCUCGGUGCUGCUGCAGAAAAGGGUGGCAGUAGGGAGGAACCACCCUUGCCGUCUUCAGCCGAUAUGACGAAGCGAAAUACGAGUGAAAAGACAGUAGCACCGCCCCCAGUGCCAGUCUCUAGUUGCCUGGUGCCGUCCAAGCAUAUACCAAACCCGAAAAAGGUGUCGGGAUGGGUGCCCUCGCCACCCUCAAAUGAGAAGGAAGAUGCAACGAAGAAUGGCCAAGUCUCACAUUCCCAGCAGACUGCGCUCAGUGAAAAUGUCGGCUCCCCUGCAGGGCCCAAUAUGACAGACAAGUGCAUUACUGCCAAUUCAACCGAGUGUAAAUCACCGAAGCAGGAUAUCAGUGGAAAAAGCAGCUCUAUGGCGCCAACAUUGUCUGACACGGCCGUAGCGCACAGGGAUUAUAAGAACUCUCUCGAGUGUGCGGAGGAAAGUCCGAGCUCGAAUGCGUCGCCCCAACCCAAGAAGGGGGCAUCUCAGACGCAAGUGGUUAAUCUGUUAGAUGCGCAUCAGUCAGACGGUCGGGUUCCACAGGACUUUAUGGAGUAUAUUGUCCAACACGCCAUGCAUUUGAGAAAUGCUCAUGUAGUUUGGUUUAAUGUAGACAACAACAGAAAGAUGCUCACACGACGUGAGCAUCGCGCAGUGGUAUGGAAUCCACUUGAGGAAAUUGCAGUUACCGAAGCGGAGGAGAAGCCGCUCAAGGAGGCGGCUGAGGAAGUUCCGGUGGCCCCCUUUGUAGAGAAAAAACGACAGCCGUCACCAGCACCACAAAAACAAAAACGGCCACAGUCACAACCACAGCCACAGCCACAGUCACAGCAGAAAGCCAUCGAGAAUCCCCCACGACCUCGCACUAGGCCCAUUCUUCCCGAAGAUGUUCCACAUCGCAUGCAGUUAGCAAAGAAGGCUCUUGAAGAUAACGCCUUUUUCAUUUAUUCACGUAAACCGAGGCUAUACUAA